CCCCCAACGGCCCGGCCAUGGCUGAAACGGAGGAAACCCUAAAAAAGAUUCAAGCGCACAAAGGGGGUCGUGGCGACUAUGGUUGUCAAUGCAGAAGGAAUUCCAAUAAGAACAACUCUUGAUAACUCGACUACAGUGCACUAUGCAGGUCUCCUUCAUCAGCUCACCAUGAAAGCAAGGAGAACAGUGAGAGAUAUUGAUCCUCAGAAUGAUCUAACCUUCCUCAGGAUCAGAUCAAAGAAACAUGAAAUCAUGGUAGCUCCAGAAAAAGAAGGUAAAUCAACUAAGGACUGCUUACGAGGAAAGAAGGAAAAACAUUUUAACAAAGCAGUGUUAAACGCUUUUGCGGAUAAGGAGUAUCUGCUGAUUGUUAUCCAGAACCCAUCCGAAUAGACCAGCAGGAUGUUAUUCUCAGACAGACCAGCUCUUCUUGCUAAGCUAACCUUCCUUACCCAUACUUAGCACCAAACACAGCACAGGUUCCACACAAUUGUUCAGUUGUGACUGAAAGCGCUGCCAGUUCCAAGUCCUGUUGCAGCUGUAUCAAUUUGUGCUUGAGCAACUCAGAAUGUAAAUAUUAAAAUACUGGUUGCCUUAAU